AUGGCAUCAUAUGAGGUUGCAUAUCUUAUUGCUCAGAGAAAAAAGCCACACACAAUAGGGGAAAAGCUUAUCAAACCUGCUGCACUGGCAAUGUGUAGAGCUAUUCAUGGAGAAAAGAUGGCUCGUGAACUUGAAUCCAUACCCCUGUCAACCAAUACGGUUGGUGGGCGAAUUCAUGAGAUUGCAAGUGACAUACUGAUUCAGCUGAUGGAGAGAAUUAAGAAUGUAAAUUAUGCUUUACAAUUAGAUGAAUCAACCGACAUUUCUAGUUCUUCUCAAUUAUUUGCAUUUAUAAAAUAUAGCUUCAAUGGAAAAUUGAAUGAAGAUAUGUUGUUUUGCCUUGCGCUAGAAGGAAAGUGUACAGGAGAUGAUAUUUUCAUGGCAUUAGAUAAAAAACUUCAUGAGCUUCGACUUUCUUGGGAUGGAGCCGGGGCAAUGUUAGGUAAAAAGAAAGGACUAAAAGCAAAGGUACAUAAUGUGGCUCCUCAUAUACGUUUUACUCACUGUAUUAUUCAUCGAGAAGCUCUCGCUUGCAAAGCCAUUGUUACCGAACUUAAAACUCUUUUUGAUACAGCUGUCAAACUCGUCAACUACAUAAAAUCACGCCCUUUGAAUGCCAGGUUAUUUGCUUCACUAUGCAAAGACAUGGGCUCAGACCAUGAAGCAUUGUUGCUUUACACAGAAAUCAGAUGGCUCUCCGGGGAAAAGUUUUCACACGGCUGCCCAAACACAAAUAUUUUGUCAUUGUUCGACAAGAUAAUUGCAUUCUCAAAGAAGCUUGAGCGAUGGAUUUCGCGAGCUGAAGAGGGUAACAUUGAAAUGUUUCCUGAACUUGAAGAGUUUGGAGAGGAAAAUGAGUUAUGUCUGGAUAAUUUGAAAGCAAUAAUAGUUAAUCAUCUUCGAAAUCUUCUUAAUCACUUCAAGAAAUACUUUUUAGAAGAGUCAGAUCUAAUUAUUCCUACAGCAUACCCUCAGGUCGCCUUCUGGUAUCCUUCUGGUGGCCUUCUUGUUGACUUCUGGUGGCCUUCUGGAAGCCCUCUGGUAGCCUUCUGGCUCUCUGAACAGCUAUUUGCUCUCAAAACUGCUGUUGGCUCCCAAGUUGAGAGCUCGUCCUCCAACCUCCAAACAGCUUUUGGCUAUCCUUCCUCCAUACAGCUGUUGGUUCUAUCUAAGAGAAUUUGUCCUCCUUCCUCCAAACAGCUGUUGGCUCUCAAACUGAGAGCUGGUCCUCCUUCCUCCGAACAGCUGUUGGCUGUUUAG